AUGUACAUUAAACAGAUUAUCAUCCAGGGCUUCAAGAGCUACAAGGACCAGACCGUCAUCGAGCCCUUCUCCCCCGGCACGAACGUCAUUGUCGGUCGCAAUGGAUCCGGCAAGAGUAACUUCUUCGCCGCGAUCCGCUUCGUCCUCAGCGAUGCCUACACCCAGAUGACCCGCGAAGAGCGGCAGGCCCUGCUGCACGAAGGCUCCGGAUCCGCCGUCAUGUCGGCGUACGUCGAGAUCAUUUUCGACAACAGUGACGAGCGCUUCCACGGCGGAGGCAAGGAGGUCAUUCUGCGCCGCACCAUCGGAACCAAGAAGGACGAAUACUCGGUCGAUCGCAAAGUCGUUACAAAGACCGACGUCAUCAACCUGCUCGAGGCGGCCGGCUUCUCGAGGUCGAAUCCUUACUACAUUGUUCCUCAAGGUCGCGUCACGGCGUUGACGAACAUGAAGGAGUCCGACAGACUCACAUUGUUGAAGGAGGUUGCGGGUACUCAGGUCUACGAAGCGCGUCGAACCGAGUCGCUGAAGAUCAUGAACGAAACGAACAACAAGAGAGAAAAGAUUGACGAACUUUUGGGUUACAUCAAGGAGCGUCUGGCCGAGCUGGAGGAAGAGAAGGAAGAACUUCGAGGCUUUCAAGACAAGGAUCGCGAGCGCAGGUGUCUCGAAUAUGCGCUUUACUACCAGGAGCAGCAGCAAAUUCAGGAACAACUUGACCGCAUCGAAAACAUUCGUCAGAACGGUUUAGAAAACACUGAUUCGAUUCGAUCAGAACUGAAGGAGGCCGAAAAGCUUGUCACCAAGUUUGAGGCCGAAAUUCACAAGCUGAGGAAAGAGAUGGAUAUGGCCAAGGUCGAGCGCCGCCAACUCGAGGAGGAUCGUCGUGAAACGGCAAAGGCCAAGGCGAAGGCAGAGCUGAAAGUCAAGACGUUGUCUGACGGACAGUCAGCGGCUGUGCAAGCCCAGCAGCAACACGAGGCUGACCUCGCAGCGACCAUCGAGGAGAUCUCCGCGAAGAAGCAGGAACUCAACAGCAUCGUCCCGGAGUUCAUCAGACGAAAGGCCCAGGAAUCGGAGAAGAAGCAGCAGCUGGACACUGCCGAAGCUGCACGGAACCGUCUGUUCACCAAGCAAAGCCGUGGAUCCCAAUUUAAGAACAAGGGCGAGCGUGAUAAGUACUUGCGAGCCGAAAUCGAGGAUCUCCACUCUAGACUCAUGAGCCACAAGGCGAACAAGAUGGAGGCCGACGAGGAUGUCACCAGAACCGAGAACGCCAUCAAGCAACUAGAAAGUGAGGUUGCCAAUCUCAGAGAGCAGCUGCAGAACUUCAACGGAACUCGCCACGAGCUUGCAGAAGAAGAGCACAAGGCGAGGGAGAUUUUGGACAAGCUCGACGAUGAGAGGAAGGCGCUAGUCCGUCAGGAGGAGAAACUCGACACCGUUCUGUCGGAUGCGCGACAAGAGAGGGAGCGCGCAGACCGCGAGCUCAGCACGAUGAUGGACAGAGACACCGCUCAGGGUCUUGCUACCAUCCGUCGACUGAAGGCCACCGAGGACCUCCCUGGUGCCUACGGGACGAUGGCUGAGCUGCUUGAGGUCAGCGACACCUACCGACUUCCUGUCGAGCAGAUUGCCGGCAACAGCUUGUUCCACUACAUUGUGGACACCGACCAAACGGCGACAUACCUGACCAACCACCUGCGCUCAUCAUACGGCGGUAGGCUCACAUUCAUGCCGCUCAACCGGCUUCACCCAAGGCACAUCAACAUGCCAAGAUCUUCAGACGGUAUCGUCUCUCUCUUGAGCAAGAUCAACUACGAUCCCACAUUCGAGAAGGCAUUCCAGCAAGUAUUCGGCAAGGUCGUCGUGUGCCCGAACCUGAGCAUAGGAGGCCAGUACGCGAGGAGUCACGGCGUCGAUGCUAUUACCCUCGACGGUGACACGACCAACAAGAGAGGUGCCAUGACUGGUGGAUACAUUGAUCCCAGGCGAUCUAGGCUCGAGGGAGUUCAGGCUGUCAGCAAAUGGCGCGAUGAGUACGAACGUCUGCUUGAAAAAGCCAACGAGUUCAGGACCCUGAUCGAGCAGAAGGAUCAAGAAAUUACCCGCGCCUUGGGUGACGUCCAGAAGGCUGCGCAGAAGCUGCGGCAACUGGAGGCUGGCUUUGAUCCUUUGAAACACGAGCUGAACAACAAGAACUUCCAGCUUGAGCAUGAGAAGAAGCGCUUGAGCGACGCCCUGAGACACCGCGAAUCAGUUGAGCGGGACAUGAGGGUGUUCACCGAGAGCCUGGCAGCUGAUGAGGCUGAAUUGGCGUCUGAUUUCAAGAAGGCCCUCAGUAACGCUGAGGAGAAGCAGCUGGUUGAGUUGGACGCUCAAGUGCAGAGGCUCCAGAAGGAAUGGAACGAUGCCAGCAAGAAGAGACGUGACGCCGAAAGUCGGAAGCAAAUUCUCGAGACAGACAUCAACCAGAACCUGCAGCUGCGUCUUGAUCAGCUGAACAGCGCCGCUUUCGAGAACAACACUUCGUCUGGCGAGUCCGGCAGUCUUAAGGAGGCUCAGCGCGAACUCAAGAAGCUCCAGAAAGAGACCAAGGCAAUCGAGGCCAAGAUGCAAGAGAUUGAGGCUAGAAUUGAAGAACUUGGUUCAAAGCUCGACCGUCGGGAAGCCAAGAAGGCGGAACAGGAGGAGAUCCGCGCCACGGUCGCUGCAAGGGAGGCCAAGCAGCGCGGUGCGAUCGAAAAGAGCAUGUCCAAAAAGGCUGUGUACACGGCGCAAGCUGCCGAUGCUGCGAAGGCCAUCAGAGACCUUGGCGUUCUGCCUGAAGAGGCCUUCGACAAGUACGAGAACAUGGACCCGCGACAGAUCGACACCAGGCUCAAGAAGGUCCGCAACGCGCUGAAGAAGUUCCAGCACGUCAACAAGAAGGCUUUCGAGCAGUACAACAGCUUUACUCAGCAACAGGAUCAGCUCCUCAAGCGUCGCAAGGAACUCGAUGCCUCUCAAGAGUCCAUCGAGGAGCUCGUUGCCCACCUUGAUCAACGUAAGGAUGAGGCUAUUGAGCGUACAUUCAAGCAGGUGUCCCGCGAGUUUGCCACCAUCUUCGAGAAGCUCGUGCCGGCCGGACACGGUCGCUUGGUUAUUCAGCGCCGUACCGACCGUCGUGUGGACCCCGACGAGUCUGAUGAAGAAGCUAGAGGCAGUGUCGAGAACUACACUGGUGUUGGUAUCAGUGUGUCCUUCAACUCCAAGACUCUCGACGAGCAGCAGAGAAUCCAACAACUCAGUGGUGGUCAGAAGAGUUUGUGUGCCUUGUGCCUCAUCUUCGCCCUCCAGCAGACGGAGAGCAGUCCCAUGGUCAUCUUUGACGAAGUCGACGCCAACUUGGACGCGCAGUACCGUACCGCCGUCGCCAGCCUUCUCCAGUCCAUUUCUCAGGACGCCGGCACGCAAUUCAUUUGCACCACUUUCCGUCCCGAGAUCGUUCACGUCGCCGACAAGUGCUACGGUGUGACUUUCCACAGCAAGACGAGUUCCAUCGACUGCGUUCCUACAGAGGAGGCCCUCAGCUUCGUCGAGGGCGUUGCCGCCGGCAAGUAG